UCACUCAUUUGGGUUUAUAAUUAUUAUUUUAUUCGAAACAUGAACAUUUUAAGGUUGUCAAAAGUCAAGUGGCAGUUUAUUUAGGUGGGAUCAUAGCGUGACGGAAAUCGGUAUAUCCCUCCGCUGUUUUGUCUCCUUUCAAGACUGGUUUUGGUCUUUUCGCUGGUAGCAACGAAGAGAGAACCCGACAUAGCUGAAAAUCCGGUUUGACGGAAUUAAAAUACAUUUUCAGAAUUGAAAAACAAAUUGACAGGAGCUUUAAUUCACCUAUUUGUUACAAGUGUAAUCGGCGCAUAUUGUAUUUUUUUUUAAAGAGCGUUACUUAUAUUUUUAAAAGGCAUUAACUUACACAGCUAGCUAAGUUGGCUAGCUAACUUUUCAUAGGUUUGGAAUCACAUGCGCGGAGUAGCUGAGCGACGUUAUCAAGUAAAAAAAAACAACUAGUUAUCUCUAAAUAUUAUCCAGUCGUCAUUUGGUUGCAGUGUAUAUUCUUUUUGAGAUUUUAGGAAUACACCACACACGUCGUUUAUGGGCUCAUCAUGUCAAUGAAGCAGGCCGGUGGUAAUCGCAAACCCGGCAGUGGCGCUGCCUCUGGUGCCGGGGGAAGUGGCGGACGACAGAAUUUGGGCAGGGGACGGCAUAGUGCCAAAGGACCUUCAGCAGCAGUUGUCUCUAAUGGUGUAUAUGCAAACAUGAGGAUGGUCCAUGUCUUGACAUCAUUAGUGGGAACCAAUUGUGAACUGAAAGUAAAAAAUGGAAUGGUUUAUGAUGGAGUGUUUAAAACAUACAGCCCAGAGUGUGACCUGGUUCUGGAUGCGGCCAACAUCAAGAGUCCUGGGCCCAGUGUGGGCCUGCGACAGGAAGACCUCGUGGACAGCAUUAUCUUCAAGGCUUCCGAUGUGGUGGUGGUGCACUUCAGAGACGUGGACUUCAAUUAUGCCAGAAAAGUCUCUACUGACACAGAUAACUUCACGGACACUGCAGUGGGCGGCAGAAUCAACGGGGAACACAAGGAGAAGGACCUGGAGCCGUGGGAUGGAGGGCGGCAGCAGCACAUGGUCUCAGGCAGCCUGGAGUCUCUGGACACAGACGUGUCAAAUGGCUGGGACCCAAAUGACAUGUUCAAGUACAAUGAAGAGCAGUAUGGCAUCAAGUCCACCUAUGACAGCAGCCUGUCCACCUACACGGUUGCCCUGGAGCGGGAUAACUCUGAGGAGUUUCUGAAGCGGGAGGCGCGAGCGGCCCAACUGGCGGAGGAGAUCGAGGCCAGCUCCACCUACAAGUCCCGCGUGGCCCUGGAGAAUGACGAGCGCAGCGAGGAGGAGAAGUACACUGCCGUGGUGAGGGGAGAGAGGGAGCAACACACACUCAACAGAGAAAAGUACAUUCCCCCGGGUCAGAGGAACAGAGAGGGGAUGUCAUGGGGAGCGGGUCGUCAGAACUCCCCUAGGUUGGUCCAGAGCAGCAGUGGACCUCCCCGGCCAGGUCUUCACGACUACACCCCCAGCUCUGGAGCUGACCAGCGGGUUGUCAACGGAGGUGCCACCUCCUGCCCAUCGCCCUCCUCCCGCUACCAGUCAGGCCCCUCCCCUCUCCCACCCAGGGCGGCCACGCCCACCCGGCCUCCAUCCAGACCCCCCUCGCGGCCCUCCCGGCCCCCGUCUCACCCCUCUGCUCACGGCUCUCCAGCUCCCAUCUCCACUAUACCCAGUAGACGCAUGUCCUCCGAAGGCCCUCCCAGGAUGUCCCCAAAGACCCAGCGUACCCCUCGCACCCACAGAGUUCCCCCCGGGAGUAGAGUCCCCCCGGGAGUAGACUUCAUGCCCCACAAUGCUCCAGGAGAGGUGCCCCCGGCUACCCGCAGCAGCUCAUCCGGUGGCACCUGGUCUUCAGUGGUCAGCGGAGCACACAGACCUCGAUCCCCUCGGCAGAACAACAUGGGCGGGGCCUCUCCUGGUCCCUCUCCCCAGACUGGGUCCACUCCCGUGGAACCUGUUAACACGCCAAUGUCAGCUUCCUCACCUACUGCUAGCCCUGCCCCCAAUAUGGCCGCCACCUCAGCAGAGGCGAAAGAUUCUCGGGUCCAGGCGACGAGACAGAACUCUCCUACGGUCAACAAAGAGAACAUGAAACCCCUGGAGAGCCCCCCUAGUAUCAACAGACCACUCUCUAAAGGACCCCCCUCCAUGGCACCAGACCACAGAAAACAAAUAGACAACUUAAAGAAAUUUAGUGUAGAUUUUAGGUUGCAGUCCAGCUCUAACCCAGACCCACAGUUUCAGCAGAUGGUGACUAAGCCUCCGCAGGACACGGGAGAGAAGUCCAAGCAGCUUCCUCUGGAUAAGGGGUUGGAGGGGUCUGAGGGCCCUGUGGUCCCCGCCAGGAGCAACAAGCCAGACAGCUCUGGCGCACCAUCCCCCUCCCUGUCCUCUACCCUCUGUCCCGCCCCGGAACAGAACAGGGGGCCUGAUGUGACCUCGCAGGGCGUCCAGACAUCUGCACCCAACUUAAGUGGAGGAGCCAAGCCUGAAGACAAGGAAGAGGAUGAGGCAGAUCAAAUGAGAAAGUCGACUCUGAAUCCUAAUGCCCACGAGUUCAAACCCAGGGUCUUCACUCCUCAGCCAAAGCCAGCCACCACCCCGACCCCCCCUCGGCCCCAAGGCCAGCCCAGCCCCUCUAUCGUCAUGCAGCAGCCUCAACAGGUCUACUUUCCCCAGAUGUACCCUCUGACCCCUGUCAGCCCUGGAGUCCAGAAAAGCAUUAUCUGGAAGUCUCCAGCCAUGUACCACGUCCAGAUGCCUCAUAUGACGCUGAGCCAGUCCAAGCCCUACAGAACAGGUAAAGUACCCAACAUGCCCCAGCAGAGGUCAGACCAGCACCACCCCCAGGGCACGCCCACCAUGAUGCACCCGGCCGCGGGGCCGCCCAUCGUGGCCCAGAGCCCUGCCUACUCAGCCCAGUACUUCACGUGUAGCCCACAGCAGUUUACCAGCCAGCAACUGAUGCCCCACUACCAGUCACAGGCCCAGCAUGUGUUCAGCCCGGUGAUUCAGGGUCAGGCCAGGAUGAUGGCCCCUCCCACCCACGGCCAUCCUGGCCAGCUGGUCUCUUCCACCUCCCAGUAUGGUGAACAGACUCACACCAUGUACGUGUCACAAGGCCCCAUGCCGCAACAGUAUGCCCACCCCAAUACCACACUGCAUCCCCACCCCCAGCCCUCGGCCACCCCCACAGGCCAGUCCCAGCAGGGCGUGCAGCACGGUGGCAACCACCCGGCCCCCAGCCCUGUCCAGCAGCACCAGGCUGCUGCAGCUGCCCAGGCCCUGCACAUGGGCAACCAGCCCCAGCAGCAGAUGUACCAGGCCCUGGCCCCCACCCCACCCUCUAUGACCCCGGGGCCCAACCCCCAGUCCCCCCAGGGCAGCUUCUCCUCGGCCCAGCAGGCAGUCUACCUCCAUCCCCAGCAGAUGCAGCACGGCUACAACCCCUCCCACAUGGCCCACAUGCAGCAGGUGAGCUCCACCUUCAGAAGCCCUUCCCUUCACUCUGAGUACAUACUAUAUGAGCAGGCCCAUAUCCAGUCUGGAAUGGUGCCGUCCCACCAUGGUAACCCUGGCCACCCUCCGAUGAUGCUGAUGGCCACCCAGCAGCAAGGUGGCCCCCAGCCCCAACUCGCCCAGAAUGCCCUCAACCCCAUCCCGGUGUCCUCCACUGCUCACUUCUCUUACUUGGCUCACCCCCAAGUACAACAGCACCAUCAGCAGCAGCUGUAGAGGGUACUGUGGAGAACAUGGACCCCUCUACCACCCUCGCUCUCGGAGUCUUCACACAGAGAAUCCACACAGCUCUCAUCAUGCUACAUGUGCGUUCCUCUCCCAGUCAGAAUGUUCAGAUUGUUACAGUGGACAGAGGUUUUAUUAGUUUAGAGUUGUGCUGAUAACAGAAAGGACUCCUUCCCCCCCCACACACACCUUACACACACACACACCUAAGUGGAACUUGAUUUGGCUUGCCAAUUUAAGAAUUGAGAAUGUAAAAAGUACCGGAGCUUGCAUUAUGUCUGCACCUUGAUAUGAAAAUUCUUCCGACUUGGGACAGUUUUAAAGUGACUGUUUAAUUGCUGCUACUAUUGCUGCAUUCAAGACUUAAGAACAGGUUCAAACCAAACUAAAACAAAUUAAAAUCUUCCUGUAAUUAAUAACAAGUUUGGCUAAAAGGACUGAAGUAUUAUUUAUGAAUUGAUGGCUAAGGUGAUCCCACUUCCCACCUGACCAUUAUGGAACUUAAGUUAAAAUACAGUUUACUUUGUAGAUAUCCAUUUAAAAAAAAAAUUAGGAAAAAAAUAAAAGUUUUAAACUGGG